AUGCGCAUUCUCACUGCAGGGUUUUUUCUUUGCCAAUUGUCACUUUCUACACUAGUAUCGGCUUUCUCGGGGUCAAUGAGCAACCACAAUGGUCAUUCGAGACAUCAAGGCAUGCACAAGUCUUGCCCAUAUGCCAAUGCCAAGGACCAGGCUGAACCGAAGACGGAACAUGAGAAGCGGUUUCUCUUCAGUUUGAUGAAAUCGCCUAUCGAUAUUACCGGAGAACAUGCGUUCCAACCCCCAGACUUCGAGAAUGGUGACCAGCGAGGCCCCUGUCCAGGUCUCAAUGCACUAGCAAAUCAUGGAUAUAUCCCAAGGAGUGGAGUGGUGUCGUUCAUAAAUGUGAUCGCAGCAAUCAACAAAGUGUAUGGCAUGGGUGUCGACUUGGCCACCGUCCUUGCGAUCAUGGGCACCGUCUGGACUGGAGACGUGCUGUCCCUCGAUCCCAGCUUCUCCAUCGGGGGUCCCGAUACUGGCGUUAACAACCUUCUCAACAACUUGGGUGGCAUCCUGGGGAAGCCGCAAGGCCUCAUUGGCUCGCACAAUUUUAUCGAAGCAGACUCCUCCAACACGCGUGAUGAUCUCUACGUUACAGGCAACAGCUGGACACUGAACAUGGACAAGUUCAUGACUUGGUAUAAUAUGUCUUCCGACGGCACUUAUAAUAUGGAUCUCAUGGCUGAACGCGCAAAGAUCCGUAUGGAUCAGACUAUCCAUACAAACCCGGAUUUCUACUACGGACCCGUGACUGGGCUCAUUGCGCGCAACGCCGGUUACAUCUUUGCAGGUCGACUGUUCCGAAAUCACUCGAGUGAAAACCCAGAGGGAACACUGACUAAGAGCCACCUUCGAAAUUUCUACGGCAUCUAUGGCCCGGAACACAAUUUAACCUACCGCGAAGGAUGGGAAAGAAUUCCGGAAAAUUGGUACAAGACUCCUAUAGACUAUGGACUAGUCUCACUCAACGUGGAUGUCAUAGGCUUCAUAUUGAAAUAUCCGGAGCUUGGAAGCAUUGGCGGAAAUCUGGGUGAAGUAGACAGCUUUGCCGGAGUUGAUCUCGGGGAUUUGACAGGUGGUGUAUUGAACCUGGCUAGCCUGCUGAAGGGUAACAACUUACUGUGCUUCGUGGCUGAGGUGCUGAAGUUCGCCAGCCCCAACGCUCUUAGUGGCAUAUACUCCACCGUAGCCAAGCCGUUGGAGUUUGUCACUAAUAUCCUCGCUGUGCCUUUGCUCAACCUUACUUGUCCAGCAUUCCAAGAUCUUCAGCUGGGAGGGAAGCCGCUAUGGGAGGCGCUCCAAGAUGACUUUCCCGGUGCUUUAAAGAGCAACCGUUCGCUUUAG